AUGGAUAAAGGUGACCACAUUUUGCUGCAAUGACUUUUGGCAUAAUAGUGAGAAAAACAAAUCAAGCAUUAUGCUGGAAUAAUGGUGCAACAUUUCUUUGACUCUUUGUGUACAUUUUCUUAUAUAAGGAAAUAUAAUUGUCACAUAAAAACAUUCCCGUGUGCGUUGCUUCAAAAGCCUUCAUCAAUUUAACCAACAGCGAUCUUUUCUCUUUAUGUUUACAGUUGAAAAAUGGGAGAAAAAACGUGGAGCUUUUAUUGAAAAGGAACCGUUGGAUGAUGAAAAAGGUGCUGUCACCUCUGCAGGGUAAGAAUGCAUCGAUCAUUUGAAUAAUUUCUGAUGAUGGUCUCGACCCAUCACUCCAUUUGCUUCUUUUAAAACACUGAAAGAAACCGGGACGAGUUAGAUUCGAAAAGACUUCUGGGAUCGAUUUUCCCCUGUCCACAGUCCACAUUUCACAAUCACAGAAGUCUUUGCGAAGAUUAACUUGGCCCAGUUUCCCUGAUAGCGGGCGACCGCUGCCGUCAUGCAUCUCGGGCGCUUUCGUUUGUUAUUAGAGACUUAACGAUUCAGCUACGCGACGGCAAAGAGAACGUCUAAAAAAAUAGGAUAAAUAAGAAAAACAACAACUUUGCACAUGCGGCACGCUUUUUUGUACAUUUCUUUGCCGUUUUUGCACGACUACGACGUGAAAAUGCCUAAUUUCGUAAUUUAUGGAGAACGUAAACAAGCAACGACGAAAUUUUAUUUCGCUUUCUGGACUUGAAUAUGGUUCCCUGGAAUUCAAAUUCAGAAGGGUUUGCGUAGAUUUGACAAAGUAAGUAAAUAGGAAUAAAGACCCAAAGAACGAAAAUUCACCUUUUAGGCGUUGUUCUCGUUGUCACUGACAACGGCCCUCAAUUUGUAUCCAUUAGUGAGUUUACGCAACAGGAGGGCAGGAAGAAGAGGACGGGAAAACGCUUGUGCGUGACAAACGUGACAGGCAUAUUACAUUAAUGUUUUCUGGUCUUUUACAAAAAGAGCUCUUUAAAGGGAAGUGAAAUUUGGCGAAAAGUUUUUUUAAACAAAAUUAUUGUCACGCUUGUCACACCAGCUUUGCUGACGUAUUUGCUCUUCCGUCCUGUUGCGUAAGUUCACUAUUUUCUGGAAUUCAUUCACCGUUAAGUGGAAACAUGGGCAAGGAUGUGCUAAAUAAUUUCUUAAUUUUACUGUCUUUUCUCUUUUUCUCAAAAUAUGAAAAAGAAGCUUCGCGCUCGAGAAAAAUUAUACCGGGCAAAAGGUUUUAAAACACUUAGAACUUUUAUUAGUAAACUUUGAAAAACUCAUCGUUAUCUUCCAACAAUGAAGGUAGCAACUUUCGCUCAGCUAUGCAAAUUACUCUCGUGUGAGCGGCUGAUUAGUGAGCCUGGGAGAGUUUCAAAGGGUUUCCAGUGAUAACAGGGCACCACCCUGGGAAGCGGGAGAGUAAAAGAACCCCUGGGAUGUCUGUCUCAGGUAUUGCUAGUAUCUGAUAUAUGUUUUGUUCGCUCCUUUAGACGACCCGAAAUCCCGCCACCUUACCAAAGCAAGGGCUCACCGCAGAAGAGUCCAAAAAGCGACCGUGACAGUCUGGAUGAGUAUGGACCCAAAUUUCAGAAAAAUGGAACGUUUGGUAACAAAACGAAAAAUGCCCCGGAGAAAACGGACGAUGCAGUUUUCGAUACAUAUGUUUGAGUUGCUGCGUAUGCUAAGGACCUUGUUUUCGCUCGUUGAAGCUUUUCAUUAGCUUGUUCAAUUCGAAAUCGUCCUGAAAUGUUUUAAGACUUUUCCAGAGAGAUGACGCGCGGUGAGUCUAGUUGUGAACCGUUAAUUAGAUUCGGACUUGUUCUUUAAUCUCAGUAAAUUGCAUUUAUCUCUGUUCGCUCUGUAAUCGCCUGAAUAUUUCGGAAGGAUUUCAUGAAGUUACGAAGUAAUCUAGAACUUCCUCAAACCAGCUUAUAUUAGCAACAUCAAAUUUUUUUGUUUUGACUUUUUUUAACCUGCGAAAACAGCUUUCUCUCCUCGCUACUCGGCAUUAGCGAUGUUUUUCUUUGCUGGCGAAAUGUCCCUAGCGGCGAGGAGCUAGGCGAGACAGC